UGGAGUGGAGCGCGCUCUGGGCGAAGCGGCGGGGAAGUCAGCUCGUGCCCGCGCCCGGCGGUCGGGCAGGAGCUCAGCCGGGCGGCGCUCGUGCUCGUCCGCCUGCGGGGUUUCGAGGCUCCCACCCCGGGAGCGCCGCUGGGUCGCUGGAGCCGGCUGCAUCCUUUGUGCGGCGCUCCGGCGGCGCAGCUGAGGUACGGGAAGGCAUGCGGGCGCUGUGGGGGUUCCUUACCAAUGCCCAAACUCUGGAAAGAGUGCUCUGAGAGAGGACCAUGGAUUGAGGGGCGCGCGCGGGGACGCGGACUGCACGGGGCAAUCAUGACUUCGGCCGCCGCGGAGAUUAAGAAACCACCACUGGCCCCCAAACCAAAGAUUGUGGGGGCAAAUAAUCGAUCAGCUCCUCCUCCUGUUGCGCCUAAACCUGACACUGUGAUUGUUAGUGCUCUACAACGAAUAAAAAAACCGAAACCAACAAUUGCACCCAAACCAAAAGUUCUGAAGAGCUCACUUGUUAAUGACAUUGGGCAGCCUCCAUCAAGGAGAAUCACUGUGCACCUGGAAGAGCAAAAACCAGAAUUAUCUGACAGCAGGGACACCUUCAGUUGCAAAAAUGUAGAGGUGCAGCUGGGCAGCAAUUCAGUUUUACCAGAGUAUUCUUGUUCUUCUGAGUAUGCCAAAAAGCCUGGGAGUAGAAAUAAUGUAUAUGUAAAGCAACUUGUUUUGGAGCCUCUGAAAAUGAAAGAGAAAUCAGAAAAUAGUGAACUCAACAAGCCCUCUUUGGCUGUACAAAGUAGGAAUAAGUGGGAUUCUUGUGAAAAUUGCAGGAGCUUCAGUGAAGUAUUAAAGGCAAGCACCCUUGGAGAGAAGUUCCAUGAUGUUUCAACACAGCAAACACUAACUUGUAGCUCUCCAGAGAAGCACAUAUCCACAGACAACCCAGAAAUGAAUGGGGGCCACAGUUCCAACAUACAGUGCAGAACUGAAUGUUCAAAUUUGUCACCUUCUCUAUCUAGUUUGGAAAAAGUUCCUGCUUCUCAAAACUGCCAUCCACAGCUUCCUGGGGAGGAGUUUCAAAAUUCUAAAACUUGUCAGGAUGACAGUGAAAAAAGCAAUAGUUGUUUUCAUCCAUCUGAACUUGAUGCUCCAGAAAAUGAUAAAAGGAAUGAUUUUCUAUCUAAAGAUGUAGUAAACAGCAAAACAGAAGUUCAAGACUUCCCUCCCCUAGAAAUUUCCUUAGUACCAUAUACCCCUAGAUUUCCAACUCCCAAGCCCAGAAAGAACUUCAGUGCUCGUCUCUUACGUCAAAAGUGUAUAGAUACUCCUAGUGAAAGUACUGAAAAAGCUGAGGAUUCAAAUAACAGCUCUUCUUCUUGUACUGUAAAUAAUUUAAAAAGCAAUAAAGUCAGUUUUCUUCAUCAGAAAGUUGUGACUAUCCAGAAACAAGCGAACAAAGAGAAGCCAGAAAAUAAAAGUGAAUUGCAUAGUGAUUCCAGCAGUGACAGCCCAGACUUAAUCGACUCACAGAAAGCUAUGAGGCAUGAAACAUCCUCCUCUGGAAAAAUGGCACCUUCUUUUGAUACAGACUCUAAUGUACCAGGUGAUUUCAGGAGAGUAGAUGGUUCUAGCAUGUCACUCCCUGUGGACAAAGGGACUGAUUUGGUAAGAUGCAGUGCUCUGUCUUUGAGCCUGCCUAAGCAGGUUGAGUUAAAGUGCACUGAACCUCUGCCAGCUCCCUGUGACCCGGGAGUGACUGUCUCUCAAUUGCAAAAGGGAUCUAUAACAAAAGAAGAAAGUUCUUCAAGAGUUGUCCCCAAAAAGCCUCAGAGACACAGCUUGCCUGCUGCAGGAGUGCUUAAAAAGGCUGCCUCUGAGGAGCUUGUGGAGAAAAGUUCUUAUCCCUCUAAUAGAGAGAAAAAUCUGGAGAAAAGUCUAGAAAGCAAUCACCUUCAGCAUUUGGGUGCCCAGAACCAUGGUAUGUCAUCAUCAUCCUUUGAUAUGCCUGAACAGUAUUCAGAAAAACCAGUGUGGAAAUUACCUCAUCCCAUUUUACCCUUUUUUGGGAACCCAGAAUCCCUAAAGUCUAUUAUUGUCUCCUCAAAUACUGAACCUUCCGUUUCUCCGACCAAACCUAGAGCAAAAUCAUUAUCUGCUGUGGAUACAAUCAAGUGCACUAAGCCUGGCAAAGAGUCUCCAAAAAAGAACUCUUUGAAAAAGUUGCUUAACAUAAAACUAUCCAUUAGUUUCUCAAAGAGUGAUAUUCAGAAAUUUUGGUCCAAGAAUAGCCAGUUCAGAGAUGGAUUUCCAAGCAGCCUGUCUGAUGUGGAGCAAAAAGGGAUUGAAAGUGAUUGGCAUGGCUUCCUGGUAAGAGAAAAGAAGAGAAGUAAACCCACAAAGGCAUAUUCUGCAGAUAACUAUAGCCCUGAAUCUCGAAAGAAGAAGAGACCUUGGAAUCAGACUGGUGUAGCUAAUGGUCUAAGAGCUGAAUCUUUGGAUGACCAAAUACUCUCUAGGGAUUCAUCACAUCAGGUAUCUAGUAAAUCUGUUAUAAGUGGCAGUGCACCAGAGUAUGAAAAUGUACGCUAUUAUGAGGAAAUACCCGAGUAUGAAAACUUUCCAUUUAUUAUGGCAAUGCGGAAUAGUCUGGAAUUGGAAUUGCAGAAGUCCAGCAGUGUGGAGGACCCUGAUGCAAAUGUGUAUGAAAUAGAAGAACUAUAUGAAGCUGCAGAUGGCCAGGUGCAACUUGGAUCCAGACCUCAGCAUUCCAGGAGUUCUGGAUCAUCCCAGGAAGUUCAGGAUGAUCUUGACAUUGGUCUUGGUGACAUGCCCUCUGAAGAGGAGGAAGUCAUCAACAGUUCUGAUGAAGACGAUGUCAGUUCUGAGUCAAGUAAAGGAGAACUGGAUCUACUGGAAGAUAAACAGGAUGAAGGUGCUGGAAUGAAAAAUAAAGCUUGUCACAUUGCCAAGGAGAUCAUGAGCUCAGAGAAAGUGUUUGUGGAUGUAUUAAAACUUUUGCAUAUUGACUUCCGGGAUGCUGUAGCCCAUGCUUCCCGGCAACUUGGAAAGCCAGUAAUUGAGGACCGGAUCCUAAAUCAGAUCUUGUACUACCUACCACAGCUUUAUGAACUCAACCGGGAUCUGCUAAAAGAGCUGGAGGAAAGAUUGUUGAACUGGACUGAACAACAAAGAAUUGCUGAUAUCUUUGUAAAGAAGGGACCCUAUCUAAAAAUGUAUUCUACUUACAUCAAAGAAUUUGAUAGGAAUUUAGCUUUGCUGGAUGAGCAAUGCAAGAAAAACUCAGGUUUUGCUGCUGUUGUUAGAGAAUUUGAGAUGAGUCCUCGCUGUGCCAACUUAGCCCUCAAGCAUUACCUGCUCAAACCAGUUCAGAGGAUUCCCCAGUAUAGGCUGCUUCUGACAGAUUAUUUGAACAAUCUCUUAGAAGACUCUGGAGAUUACAGAGAUACUCAAGAUGCUCUUGCUGUUGUUAUAGAGGUGGCUAACCAUGCUAACGACACCAUGAAGCAAGGAGACAACUUUCAGAAGCUUAUGCAAAUUCAGUACAGCUUAAAUGGACACCAUGAAAUAGUACAGCCUGGACGUGUUUUUCUCAAAGAAGGAAUUCUGAUGAAACUGUCUCGGAAAGUCAUGCAGCCCCGAAUGUUUUUCCUGUUUAAUGAUGCCCUGUUGUAUACAACACCCAUGCAAUCUGGGAUAUAUAAACUGAACAACAUGCUAUCGUUGGCUGGAAUGAAGGUCAGAAAACCCACUCAAGAAGGAUAUCAGAAUGAAUUAAAGAUUGAAAGUGUUGAACGUUCCUUUAUCCUCUCAGCCAGUUCUGCUACAGAAAGGGAUGAAUGGCUUGAGGCAAUUUCCAGGUCAAUAGAAGAAUAUGCCAAGAAAAAAAUCACCUUCUGUCCCACUAAGAGUCUUGAUGAGGCAGACUCAGAAAAUAAAGAGGAAGCUAGUCCCCUUGGAUCUAAGGCUCCCAUUUGGAUUCCUGAUACCAGAGCUACAAUGUGCAUGAUCUGUACAAGUGAAUUCACUCUGACCUGGAGACGCCACCACUGCCGAGCCUGUGGAAAGAUUGUAUGUCAGGCUUGUUCAUCAUAUAAGUAUGGUUUGGAUUACCUGAAAAAUCAACUAGCAAGAGUAUGUGAACAUUGUUUCCAAGAACUGCAGAAAUUAGGUCACCAGCACUCCCCUGGAAUUGGAUCUCUUGGAAACCACAAAUCUCCUUCAAAUGCCUUAUCAUCAGUCUUACUAAGUAUCCCACCAGGGAGGAGACAGAAAAAAAUCCCAGCUGCUCUCAAAGAAGUAUCAGCGAACACAGAAGACUCUUCUAUGAGUGGCUACUUGUACAGAUCAAAGGGCAAUAAAAAAACAUGGAAGCAUUUGUGGUUUGUCAUAAAAAACAAAGUAUUAUAUACCUAUGCUGCAAGUGAGGAUGUGGCAGCUUUGGAGAGUCAACCUUUAUUAGGAUUCACUGUCAGUCAAGUCAAAGGUGAAAACUCAGAAUCUAAAGUAUUUCAGUUGCUGCACAAAAAUAUGCUGUUUUAUGUAUUCAAAGCAGAUGAUGCCCACUCAGCUCAGAAGUGGAUAGAAGCAUUUCAGGAAGGCACAAUAUUGUAGCAGUAUUGGUUUCAUUUCUUCUGUGGUUCCAAGAAUGUGGAAUUCAUCAGAAUGGAGGAAAAUCAAUUCAAAACAUUAAUAAAAAUGAGCACUGUCAAGAUAAAUCCAACUAAACUAUUCAUCAAUUUAAGAAGUUAUUUUUAGAUAUAUGUAGCUGUUUUUUAAAGUUUGUUUUUUCAUGUGUGUUAUUUAUUAAAAUUUUGGUGUUUACUUGAUGGUCAGAAUUAUUUUUGAGGUUCACACUGAAUUAUAAUGGAUUGUUUCUUUAGAGACCAGAAAACUUGCCUUGUACUGUAUGUAUUUGUUACACCGUCCACACUGUUUUCUCUGUCUGACAUUUCCCCUAGUGAUAAAACUUUGUAAGUAAAAAUCACAUGUCAUGGAGCAAACUUCGAUGCAGUGCUUGGUUUAGAAAUCAUGAUUACAUAAGACUGCUGGUAAAAAAAAUUCAUGUCUUUGAAUCAUAACAUUAGAUGAAUUUUUGCUGUCUUUUAG